AUGGGUAAGAGACUUGCCGAGCACCCGCUGGUCGGUUACUCGCGCCAGUCGCAUGCCAUCCCGACUCCCCCCAUUCCAUUUUCCAAGGUCGCGAACGAUAAGCGACCACUCGCAGGCAUCAAGGUGGUCGAGCUGGUGCGUAUUAUCGCUGGUCCCGUAAUUGGCAGUACUUUGGCCGCACUCGGUGCCGACGUCAUUCGCGUUAACUGCAGUCGCUUGGUGGAUCUCAACGUUCUGCAACUUACCCUCAAUGCUGGAAAGCGGACCAUAGAUCUCGACCUGACGAAGAAGGAGGACAAGUCACGCCUGCGGGAACUCAUCGAAGGGGCCGAUGUUUUUGUUCAGGGUUUCCGCCCCAACGCGAUCGCAAGAAAGGGUUUUGGUGUUAAUGAUCUUCUCGAGAUGGCCGGUAACCGUGGCAAGGGUAUCGUCUAUGUCGAGGAGAACUGCUACGGCCCCGACGGCCCAUACCACGAGAGACCUGGCUGGCAGCAGAUUGGAGAUGCUGCAUCUGGUUCGUCGUACGUGAUGGGUCGUUCCCUAGGCUUCACAGACGGGACAAGCGUCCUGCCUCCGCUGCCCAUCUCUGAUAUGACAACCGGGCUUGUCGGAGCCUUGGGCGCACUGAUGGCUCUCCGGGAUCGCUCCCGCCACGGCGGCUCGUAUCGCGUGACUAGCUCGUUGGUCAAGGCUGAUACGAUUAACCUCGAGCCUGAGAUCGGGCUUUACUCGCCCGAAGUUGUCGAAAAGUGCACCCAGUUGUUCAAGUGGGGGCACAUCGGCCCCUCGCAGUUCGUCACAGAAAUCCUGCUGGUUGUCAUGAAUGGAUGGAAGAAUGUAUUCCCUCAGUAUUUCAAGGCUGGUCCUGAAUCGCUGCUCUCCAGCUUCGGAGAGGGCCCUUGGGGUAAGAUGGAACUUCUGAGGCCUGUGGCUCAAUUAAGUGACCCAAGCGUAACGCCUCGUUGGCUGACACCCUCCGUGCCUAAUUGCUACCAUGAUCGCAACAUCAAUUGGUUGUGA